AAAACUCUUCAGAGAGUAACCUGAAAACAGUCAUCUCGGUCCGUCGAAAAAUACUCCGGCACUUCCACGUGACAAUCUGACAUUCGGUAAUGAUCUUGCAAGUGUUUGUUUCUUGUGAGAUGUUCUGAGACUGAGACUGUCUGGGACUGUUUAGGGUCGCUUAAGAUUGUUUGGUGAUCUUUACGUAAUUUUUAACGUGAAUAAACUGUGCGUUUAUCCCAUCGGUUAUAACGAUGACAUAUCUCAGUUCGUGGGAGGAAUUCGAAAGAGGUGCUGAGAGGUUAUAUCUCCAAGACCCAAUGAACACUCGGUAUACGAUGAAGUAUUGUCAUAGUAAAGGAGUUUUAUGUUUAAAACUAACAGACAAUCGACGGUGCCUCCAAUAUAGAACAGAAAUAGCUCAAGAUUUAAAAAAAAUGGAAAAAUUUAUAGGUAAUCUCAUGAGACACAUGGCAUCAAAAGACAGUUAAACAAAUUAAACAAGAUUCGUAUGCAAGAAUAUGUUCAUUGUGAAGACUACAAUAUGGUACUUUUAUUUAACAAGGUUCUCUUCUAUUUCACAUUGAUCUAACAAUUGCGUGAUUCACAAAUAUUAAUUUUCGCUUAAAGUAUGAACAUCAUCUUAACAUGUGAAUAUACAAUUGUUUUAUUUUGUAUUAAAAUUUUACGAUUGUUUCGGGUGGCUCCGUUGCCUCCUCGUUAAUGUUCUGAAACAAUCAAAUACAUACAUGUAAAUUAAACAAGAGAUAUUAUAUAAGCGAAAGUGUAAUAUUAGAGAAUAACAUUUUUCAACAUUUAUAAUAUAUUGACUUUUUUGAUAUCUAUGUCCAAAGUAUGUCAUUGAGUAUGUGCAUUAAUGUAUUAGAUAUUAAUAAAGCCAGGUACGAAUCGAA